UUGAAGCGAGAUGAAAUUCAAAGAUGUGUUCAGAGGCAUGAAUAUCAGAUGGAAAAUCAAAAGAGAGCUGCUAAAGAAUUACUACAAGCUGGGAAAAAAGAUCGCGCACUUCUAAUCUUGAAAAAAAAGCGGUUGUUGGAAAACCUAAUCAACAGAAGUCUAAAUCAGCUUAAUACUCUGGAGAAAAUGGUGUACAGCAUUGAAGAAGCUUCUAUGCAAGCUACCGUUGUUGAAGGGUUGAAAUCAGGGAAUGAAGCUUUAAAAGAAAUAAACAAGAUGUUUUCUAUCGAUGAAGUUGAGAAAAUUAUGGAUGAGACUCGAGAGGCUGCUGAGUAUCAAGAAGUAAGUUUUAAUUCUGGUGCUCAGUUGACGGAAAAUGAUAUGGAAGAAGUAAAUGCGGAGUUGGAAGCGUUAGUUGCUGGUGAAACUGAAAAUUUACAGUUUCCUGCUGUGCCGUCGGAGCCAUUACCUUCAAGGGAAGAAAAAGAAAAAAGUAUCUCUUAA